UUCAAUUGAUUACUUAUUUACAUAUUCCAAACUACAACAAAAACAAUUUUAAUGCAUAUUAUUCAAUGAUGUUUUUAGUCAGAACUUCAAGUAUAAUGUGAUACAUAACUGAUUAGGCAAUCACACCUAAUACUUCCACCAAACCUGAACGUUGAAAUAAGAAACUUAGAAAACUUCUGGUUUUAAAAUAUAAGAUCAGGGUAAGAAAUUUUGGAAUAGACUCCCUGUCAGGUUUGUUAAAAAAUGUGUUGCAAUAUGAGUAAGUAAAAAUGGUACACUUUGUAAAAUAAUUUAUACACGUAUAGAAUGUAUUCGGUUUUCAAAUUGUAAACUGUCAGUUUAAUUCCAGAACUGUUUUGUGUUGCAGUUAAAGCAAGUUGAAAUGGUAUCAUGUUAAAACUUUAUAGUACAAAAACUCUUCGCAGUUGUCUAAACAUUCCUACACAAAGAUAUAUAUUAUCAAUAACUUGCCGUCCUAAUAUUCAAAGACUUGAUAGAAGAAUAACAUUUAAAAGUGGAAAUUUUCAUGGAAAAGACAGUCAAAUAUCAGAGGAUGUAAAACCAGAUGCAGGAGCUGUUACUGUUGGACAAAAAGUGAAACAAGCUGGCAAGGAUGCAAGUUAUGUUGGAAUUUUACUCUUUGGCUUUGGUGUUACUGGAGCACUGGUUUGGUAUGUUGCAAAUGAGUUGUUAUUUGGAUUUAGCUCUAAUGCUGUCUAUUCUAAAGCUUUCAAAAUUGUUAAAGCAGACCUAAAGGCAAUUUAUGAAGUAGGGGAUGGUAUGAAAGGUUAUGGUGAAGAAACAUCACGAGGUAGACGCAGACAUGUCAACUUUCAAGAGUAUGUUGUGGACGGUGUGAAUCAUAUGAGAAUACAGUUUUAUGUAUCUGGAAGCAAGAGAAAAGCUACAGUGCAUGCUGAAGCUAGAGAGACUUCUGGUGGUCGUUUUGAUUUUCGAUAUAUCUUCUUGGAGUUGCAAGGAUACCCUCCUAGCGAACCUAUCAUUAUCAUGGAUAACAGAUAGAAACGGUGUCAUGGUUUGAUUAGCUGUAUGAAGUUGAAUGUAUAUAGAAGGAUUUGCUCCUUGGCAUUGGUAAAAUUCUUUUAAAAAAAUGGUCCGAGAAUUAUAUAACAUCUGGUCUGUAAAUUAGAAGAGAAAGCAGAAGAAUAUACAGCAUAUAAUUAUA